GUUACUCCUGUUACCUUCCGCUUGCGUCUGCCAGCCACCCGGAAGAUUCACAAUGCCUUCCAUGUCCAACUUCUGAAGCCCUAUCGGGAUCCGAACACAAUCUUCGUCGGACGCCAACCGCCGCCGCCGCCACCCGUCCUCGUCCAGAAUGAACCCGAGUACGAGGUCGAGUCCGUGCUUGCACACAGCCGACGUCGAAAUGGCGCCGUGGAGCUUCUCAUCCGUUGGAAGGGUUAUGAUCCUUCUGAGGACAGCUGGGUCCCUGAGUCCGACAUGGGUAACGCCCGUCGUCCUCUGCAUGACUACCUUUGAAAUUGAUGAAUAGAGAGAGAGAGUACAC